AUGGCAGAGACUAAGGUGCAGCAGAGAAGUCAACGCAGAUUCAAAUCCGAUCAUAAAAUGAGGACAGAAGCAAGAACUUUGCUAAAAGACACAAAACCUAAAGGAAGACGGAAGAGGUUAUACUCUUGGGAGGAAAUACCCGAAUGGCAAAGAGAUAAUGAACAUAUUUUGCAUGGUUACGUGCUUGAAACGAAAAGUGUAUCAGAAUGCUUGAAAAGCUUGUUGUAUCUUCACAACGAAUCUGUGAAUAUUUACACGCAUUUAAUUCCUGGUAUUUGCUUUUUGUUGGUUGCGCUUUUCGAUAAGUUUGCCAUCAAGAAGUUCCCAAGUACAGGUCUCAUUGACUACCUGAUGAUAGACUUUUUCUUUUUAGGUGGAUUCACUUGUCUAAUAAUGAGCAGCACUUUUCAUUGUUUCAAAUGUCACUCACUGGAGAUUGCGACUUUGGGAAAUAAGCUGGAUUAUCUGGGGAUUGUUGCAUUAAUUGUGAGUUCCAUGAUCAGUAUUCUAUAUUAUGGUUUUUCGGACAACAACGCAUUUUUCUAUGGAUUUUCAGGCUUAACACUGGCAUUUGGGAUUGCCUGCUCAGUGGUAUCUCUAAAAGAGAGGUUCCGUUCACGAGAGUGGAGAGCUUACAGGGCUCUUCUGUUCGUGGCAUUUGGACUUUCUGCAGUGCUUCCAGUGAUAGCUGGAAUUAUUUUUUAUGGCGUAAGAGAGACAUGGUCAAGAAUUCAAUUAAAAUGGGUACUGUUGGAAGGUGUCCUGUAUAUACUGGGGGCCCUUCUAUAUGGUAUUCGUUUUCCAGAGAGGCUUGCGCCUGGUUACUUUGACAUUUGGGGCCAUUCACAUCAACUUUUUCACGUUCUAGUAGUUAUUGCAGCGCUUUGUCAUCUAACUGCGCUUCUAGGCUCUUAUGAACGUUUUCAUAAAGCUCUUGGCACUUUUUAA